UUUGACCAACUUUAGAGAGAGAAAAAAGGGCUCGCAUUGAAAUCCCCAGGCGUCGCAGCUAUGCUGAACCAGAUAUUAGCCUUCUCCUCUCCUCGCUUGACCCUCUCUCCCUUUCUCUCUCUAAAACCGCGCGUUCUCUCUCUCCUCCCUCGAUCUAAUCCUAGGGUGUUAUGCAAAGCCAUGUCGCUUGAUUCCGACAACCUUUCGACGGAAUUUGCAGAGAGGGUCGAAAUUUCGGGCAUGGAAGAUGCCAGAAAAUGCAGUCCCUCCAAAUCUCCGGCCAUGGCUAUGAGGAGGAGUCUUGAGGAUCUUAAUUGGGACAAUUCGUUCGUGCGCGAGCUGCCUGGUGAUCAGAGAACUGAUGGUCCACCUCGUCAGGUACUGCAUGCAUGUUAUACAAAGGUUUCACCAUCGGUUGAAGUGGAUAAUCCUGAGCUUGUGGUGUGGUCUGAGUCAGUUGCCGGGUUACUGGAUUUGGAUCCUAAGGAAUUCGAAAGACCAGAUUUCCCACUCUUUUUCUCUGGGAUGUCACCUUUGAUUGGCGGGCUGCCUUAUGCACAGUGCUAUGGAGGGCAUCAAUUUGGCAUGUGGGCUGGCCAGUUGGGUGAUGGUCGAGCCAUAACCCUUGGUGAGGUGUUGAAUUCGAGAGGUGAAAGAUGGGAGCUGCAACUUAAGGGUGCUGGGAAGACCCCAUAUAGCCGCUUUGCUGACGGGCUUGCAGUCUUGCGCAGCAGCAUCCGUGAAUUCCUGUGUAGUGAAGCCAUGCACAGCCUGGGAGUCGCAACUACACGUGCACUUUGUCUUGUCACAACGGGGAAGAGUGUCACCCGCGACAUGUUUUAUGAUGGUAACCCCAAAGAGGAGCCAGGAGCCAUUGUUUGCCGUGUGUCUCAGUCCUUUUUGCGAUUUGGUUCAUACCAGAUACAUGCCACAAGAGGCAAAGAAGACCUGGAAAUUGUUCGUGUCUUAGCGGACUACACCAUCCGCCACCACUUCCCCCAUCUUGAGAAUUUGAGUAAGAGUGAUAGUUUAUCCUUCAAAGCAGAAGGAAACGGAGCCUCCACAGUGGAUUUGACAUCAAACAAGUAUGCAGCUUGGGCGGUUGAAGUGGCUGAGCGCACUGCCCUCUUGGUUGCUCAGUGGCAGGGUGUGGGCUUCACUCAUGGUGUUCUAAACACGGAUAACAUGAGCAUUCUUGGACUCACAAUUGAUUAUGGCCCUUUUGGGUUCUUGGAUGCCUUUGAUCCUAGUUAUACCCCAAACACAACUGAUUUGCCUGGAAGGAGAUACUGUUUUGCAAACCAACCGGAUGUUGGGCUCUGGAAUAUUGCUCAGUUCACUGCAACUUUAUCUGCUGCCCAGUUGAUCAGUAAUGAGGAAUCAAACUAUGCCAUGGAAAGAUAUGGCACCAAGUUCAUGGAUGAGUACCAGUCUGUAAUGACCAGGAAAUUGGGCUUGCCCAAAUAUAACAAGCCAUUGAUCAGCAUGCUUCUCAACAACAUGGCAGUUGAUAAAGUUGACUACACAAAUUUCUUUCGUUCCCUCUCAAAUAUCAAAGCUGAUCUCACCAUUCCGGAAGAUCAACUGCUUGUUCCACUUAAGGCGGUUUUGCUGGAUAUCGGCAGGGAGCGUAAAGAAGCAUGGAUUAGCUGGGUGCAAUCAUAUAUAUUGGAGUUGAGCAAAAGUGGCAUGGCAGAUGAAGAGAGAAAAUCACAAAUGGACUCCGUGAACCCUAAAUACAUUUUACGGAAUUACUUGUGUCAGAGUGCCAUAGAUGCAGCUGAGCAAGGCGACUAUAGUGAAGUGCGAAGGCUCUUGAAAGUGAUGGAGAGGCCUUACGAUGAGCAAGAGGGGAUGGAAAAGUACGCUCGCCUCCCCCCUGCAUGGGCUUAUCGGCCAGGUGUUUGCAUGCUUUCUUGCUCUUCAUGAGGUAAUUGCUAAGAGGCGAAGAAAAAAAAAAAAAGAGGAAAAAGUGAAAGAAGUAAAAAAAGUUGUCAGUCGUUACAGAAAAGAGGUAUAAAUGUAAGUUUGAUGUAAAUAAACAGCCGUUGUCUUAGACGCAUUUAUCUUAGAUUUUCCCUACUGGGUUUUGUGGUGAUGAAUGUGUUGUUCACCUCGUGCUUUUGAGUCAUGAGUUUCUUGGUGUUGUCAUGACAUUGAUUCAAUAUAGAAUAGUUAAAAAGGAAAUGAUAAGAAAUUCAUAUU